UUUAAAAGGCUGUGAUAGUGCUUGCUUCUAUAAAAGGAAAGUAAAAGACGUACUUCCAAGGAAUUCCAACUCAGGAAUGGACAUAAAGCUGAGUAGGGAAUAGCAAGUUUGCUUCUAAUCCAAACAAUGAAAAAAGGCUCCCAAAAGCCAGACCUUACACCACCUUGAAGCAAUCAAAUACACACACUAAACUAAAUUUCUAUAUUUUCAUUUUCACAUAAAAGAGAGUUGAGAAGUGACUGAGGGGGAUAGAGGGCUUCCAUCCAUGGAAGACGUGAUAGUGGAAGCCCUUCUAUCUAAUGAACGGGAAGCUCAGAUUUUAGCUGCCAGAGAACUCGGUAAACUUGCAACCAAACUAAGACAGAAGUUAGCAGAAAGAGGGAUCAUUUCUCGGCUCGUUACGAUGCUUCGUACGCAAGAUUAUGAAGCCACUGAAGCGGCACUCUGUGCUCUGCUUUGUCUAGCUUUUCACAGUGAAAGAAACAAGAUCCGAAUUGCAAAUUCUGGUGCCAUACCAGUAUUGCUGGAGAUCAUUCAACGCCCAAAAGAGUCAUUGAUUGACCUUGCAGCAGCAGCCCUCUUGGUUCUUUCUUCUUGCUCCGCUAACAAGCUAGCAAUCGCGGCAUCUGGGGCUAUCCCGAUCCUGGUUGGAUCCCUGAAUUCCCAAUUGGCAGAAGAACGCGGUUUCCAGAAUCUAAGCGUGCAGGCUAAGCUCGACAUCAUAUCCACAUUUCACAAUCUCUCCACCUAUCCUCCGAUAAUCCCAUCUAUUGUUUCUUCUGGUAUGGUAAAAGCCAUGCUUCAACUAAUGUAUGAGUUCGGAAAACAAUCAAAGAUAAUUGAGAAAGCGAUGGCAUUACUGGAGAAGAUGGUUUCCUCGUCAGAGAUUGCACUGGAGGAGGUUGCUGAGACUGCUCCUCUUGUAAUCCACUUUCUAGUGGAGGCCGUCGAAGAAGGUACACCACUAUGCAAAGAGCACGCUGCAGCUACGUUACUGGUCAUGUGCCAAAGUUGUAGGGACAGAUACAGAGGAAUGAUUUUGAGGGAAGGCGCUAUGCCAGGGCUGCUACAAUUGAGUGUUGAUGGGACAUCGAAGGCCAGGGAAAAGGCCAAAGCUCUGCUGCAACUUCUUAGAGAUUUCUCAGAAUGUCGUACGCGAGAGGAACGAUCAAAGAAUCGGCUCUUGGAACAUGUUAUGCAACAGAUUGAUAAAGGAGACACAACUGGGACGGGUCUGAGACUUGUGGAGGAAAUGAUUGCAAGACUUAGGACGUAGUAAUUUUUAAUCUUUUCCCACCUUCUGCGUGUGCCACUGUUAUUGUAGGUAAUCACGUUUUCUAUUGCCUCCCGUAUUUUUUUCCCCCCACUUUGAUUUAGACCUCUCUGACAAUGGACUAUCUAUGAACACCACACACUCCAUUACUUAAUUGCUACUUUUCU